AUGAAAGGGCCAUCCAUCUGCACUCGUACCUUAAAAAGGACUCCUGUGGCCUCUCGCAUGUCUGCCGUUCGACAAUUACUAGAGACUGUGGCAAGUUUACAUGAGGCUGGGAUCAUACAUCGUGAUUUGAAUGCAAGGAACUGUAUGUGGGGAAUGACUCCUAUCGAUGGUUUCAGCAGAAGCGCCACGUAUGAGUUACUCGGUCGGCCUUUGAAGCAGACAAUACCAUUCGUCGAUCUCUGGAGAAGGGGCGAGCUGGUGAGCCCUAUAAAAGUUCCUGACACCCUUCGCACGGACGAAUUCUAUCUCAGUGACUUUGGUUUCGCAAAAAAAAUUAGCGACCUCGACACUCAACGCGGCUACCCACCUAUGCAUUAUUGCUCUCCAGAUCGACUACAUAAUCAAGAGCCAAGUUUUGCCUGCUAUAUGUGGAGCUACAUGGCUGUUUUCUCUAUGCUCUACCUUACAUGUCCUCCGUUUCCCACAUUUAUCAAUGGUGGAGUUGUGAGUGCUAUGGUUGAAUGCCUAGGCCGAUACCUGAGCAGCGGGAAGGUCUCUACACACACCCCGGUGGACUUGACUCAUCGUAUGAUCAGUCUCAAUCUCCUGAUCCAGAAAAUGACCUUGCUGCGAAAAUUGCAUACUUCCGUCCCGAUGCCGAUCUGGUCGAGCGGCAACAUGUGCAAUCUGUUAUGUCGAAAGUCUUUAUCUAUCAGAAAAACGGCUGACCCAAAAAAGCUUUUGCGAGAUACUUCAUUCAAGGCCAUCAUGGAGCGGUAUGGGUGCUGA